AUGGUUGAACGUGCGAACCGCCCUUCUGCGCUAAAUGCGCCCGCUGCUACUGGUCCUAGUCCCCAGGUCGACAUUGUGGGAGAAGCCGGCAGCCAAAAGGUGGUUGCAAGACUGCCGUCUGGAGAGAGUGUUGAGGUGCUGCUCUAUGGAGCCACAGUCACCAGCUGGAAGAGCAAUGGCGGCCAAACUGAGAAUCUGUGGCUGAGCGAAGCUGCCGACUUGACGGGCAAGAAGCCAGUUAGGGGUGGAAUCCCCGUCGUGUUCCCGGUCUUCGGCCCACCACCCAAGGAAGGCCACCCCACGUCCACGCUUCCCCAGCACGGCUUCGCUCGUGGAUCACGAUGGGAGUUCAUGGGCAAGUCCACAGCCGAAGAUGCUCUCGACUCCAACUCUGUCAAGCUCGACUUUGGCCUUGAUCGCCAGGCACUCAGCGAAGAGUCGCGCAAGGCAUGGCCCCUCGACUUUGGCCUUGUAUACAGUGUCACAUUGAGCAAGGACAGCCUACAAGCUGUACUCACUGUGCGCAACGAGGGCGAGGAGAGCUUCGAGUUCCAAUUCCUGCUGCACACCUACUUCAAGAUUCAAGACAUUUCCAAGGUUGUGAUUACUGGCCUUGCCGGCACAGAGUACAUUGACAAGGUCCUCAACGCGUCGAUACACACGCAGAGCGAUAACCAGCUCAAGAUUACCGGCGAGGUCGACCGCGUCUACAAGGACAUCAAGCAGGACACGACGUCGAUUGUCGAAGACGGCAAGCCCCGCUUCGACGUCAUUCGCGACAACGUCAAGGAUACGGUCACAUGGAACCCGUGGAUUGAGAAGGCAAAGGCCAUGGGCGACUUCUCGCCCGAUGACGGCUACAAGAACAUGGUGUGUGUGGAGGUUGGCGCGGUGGAUGGCUGGCAAAAGCUGGAGAAGGGCGAGGUGUGGGAGGGCGGCAUGCUGCUCAAGAGCCACCUGUAA